CCUAGGUAGGAUGCAUUACCGACGCAGGUAAGUUGGGGUUCGACAAAGUUGUAGCCUGAGAAUGUCCACGCUUCAACCCCACCCACUACUAGUUUUGCUCCACUUUUGUCACACCCGCCCAACUUCAGGCACCUCUAACACUUCCUUCCGCGCCGCCCAUCGCCGCCGGUGGAACCCUAAGUUUUUUCUUCCCUUUUGAUUUCCCUUGUCUCGAUGAGUGAGAAGACUCCGACUCAAACAGUAUCCCUGCCCGAUUCGGAUUCAGGACCGCCAACUGAAGCACGGACGGAGUCGCCUUCCCCAACUGCAGAUUCUGGGCUUCAAUCGGAAUCGGAACCGACCCUUGUUGCCGGCGCGCCACUUGAUAUUUCUCGCAAUCACUCGAACCCUUCUAAAAUCCCAAUUCGGCCCAGGAAAAUUCGUAAACUAUCGGCCGCUACCUUUGUCGAAGAUCAGAGUCCCCCAGAAACCGUCCUCGACCCCACUUCCCCCUCUUCACUCAUUCCCCUCACCUCUUCCGCCUCAACGUCCGGCGCUUCCACCGUUACCACAUUGGCGAGCUCCAGGAAUCGCCGGAAAGCAGUUACCCAGAUAUCCAGGCUUUUGCCCCAAAUUGUUAAACCGUUAUCAGCUGAUGGAGAAAUUGAGCUUGCCAUUCGCCAUCUCCGAGCUUCAGACCCUCUCCUUGUGUCCCUGAUUGACACUCUCCCUCCGCCAACAUUUGAAACGCGUCACCCACCCUUCCUAGCUCUGGCGAAGAGUAUUCUUUACCAGCAACUGGCAUAUAAGGCUGGUACAUCAAUAUACACACGAUUCAUAUCCCUCUGCGGUGGAGAGCUAGCUGUUCAUCCUGAUACCGUUCUCUCCCUCUCUGCUCAACAGCUCAAGCAAAUUGGAGUCUCUGGCAGAAAGGCAAGCUACCUUUAUGACCUGGCAAACAAGUACAAAUCUGGGAUUCUGUCCGAUGACACUGUUGUUAAAAUGGACGAUCGCUCACUGUUUACAAUGCUGUCAAUGGUUAAGGGAAUCGGCUCUUGGUCUGUUCACAUGUUUAUGAUCUUUUCACUUCACAGACCUGAUGUUCUGCCAGUAAGCGAUUUGGGGGUAAGAAAAGGGGUACAAUUGCUGCAUGGACUAGAGGAUUUGCCAAGGCCAUCUCAGAUGGAGCAGCUGUGUGUGAAAUGGAAACCCUAUCGGUCAGUAGGGGCAUGGUACAUGUGGCGGUUCGUAGAAGGAAAGGGGACACCGGCCUCUGCUGCAGCAGCAUUAGAUGGUAGUGCUGUGCAGCCAUUGCAUCAAAUUGAUCACGUGCAGGAUGCACAGGAACAACACCAAUUGCAACUUAUGGAGCCCAUUAAUGGCAUUACGAAUCUUGGGUACUGUUCCCCUUGCGGUUAGUCUAGUAGGUUUCUUUUAAUUUUAUCUUUUGGAGUAAUAUCUUUUAUGUUUAUUUUAUCUGAUAAGUAAAUAAUUUUCAUUUUUAUCUAUGCAUCCGUGCACUACCCAUUUGCCUUCCUUAUUGUUGCCACUGGUAAUUAGUUCUACUUUCAAUAUAUUUUGUUAUUUUUGUACGACUGUGACAGUGAGAGGUUAAUAUUAAUUUGUUAAUCUUUCCUACAAAAUACUACUGAUGGUUAGUAAUCAUUAGUGGUCAGUAAAGAGUAUUCUAAAGAGCCAAAUAACGUGGAUCUAUUUGCCAAAAUAGCAGGGUAUCCUACUAUGGUGAGUGUUCUGCAUGGUUGUUACGGCGUCGCCUAGGCGCCGACUAGUCGUCCUGGCGAUGGGGAAGGGGCGCCAUGGUUACUCGACUCGCCUGGAGCUGCCAAGGCGUAACUCGGCGUCGACUAGGCAUAACUUGGCGUCGACUAGGCGUAACUUGGAGACGCCCAACGCCUGUUUUGCCGCUUCGGCCCAAAAUAUUAGAUUAGAGAAGAUGUUGAGUUUUAAAAUUUAGCGUCGGCCAUAACCGUUGAUGGCCAUCAACGGUUCAUCCCGUCGGUCGAUUCACUGAUGGAAGUCGCCACAGUACGCUGCUGCCUCAGGUCACUGUAUAGCGCAGUUGCUCCACCUCCGUCUCUGUUUACUUCGCUCAUUCGGCGUCCUUGUUUUCAAAAGUCGCUAGCUGAUCUAUAUUUUGUUGAGUUUUGUUUGGUUUGGCAGACAGCUGGAGUCCAUAUAUUUUUAAUGUAUUAUUACGCAUUUUUCUACAAAUAGUUUUUAUCUGCACUUUUUAUGUACAGUAAACUUCUACUCUUUCAUUUAUUUCAUGUCCAGCUGGAAUCCAUGAACCAAAUUCAAUCUUUGUUACCAAAUGUCUGCUAUACUAUUGCAUAUUAUCUACUAUUCGUACACAAUUUGUUAUUUUCUUUGUGAAAAUUUAUACUGGACAUUUUUUCUAGAAACAUAAUCUAUUGUUUCAUAUAUGUUUGUUUAAAAUAAUCUGAAAUAUAUUAUUUAAUUAUAUGUAAAUUUAAAUAUUCCAUAUGGCACGACUUGUCGCCUAGUUGUCGCCUAGGCGGGCGCCUAGACGCCUAGGCGAUAUGGCGGUCGGUUGGCGCCGCGCCUCGCCUAGCCGCCGUGACAAGUAUGGUGUUCUGAACUUCUUAAUUACUAAAAAUCUGGAUUUUCUUGCCCCUGCCUCUUUGUUUGCAAAUUUCGAAUAAGACCACUAAAUCACUAAUCACGAACUCAGACAUUCAAUAUGAUGUAUAUUAGGUGGCUAUAAGAAAUUAUGAUUAAAUUCAGAUUAUAUUGGUGUACAGUAAUUCUUUAUAUUAACAUAAAUCACACUGAAUUUCUACAAGAAAGCUGGUAAUAUGAAAAAGGAUUUUGUCAAGG